ACUAACUGUGGAAGAACUAGCAAAGCCCAGACAACCGAUAAACACAGAAUCCAUUUUAAUAAACUUAAAACAAUUGCCAAGGCCACCACACAGCAACACCCCAGGAGUACCACUGCAACACAAGAUUGAAGCGAGAGAGCUGGAAGCAUUCAGCAGCUCACCCAGCAAGCUGCCCCCUGACAGAGCUCUGAGCGAGAUGUACUUGGAAGAGAACAGGACCAGUGCUACAGUCAAUUAUCUGGAUAACACGUAUGAGUUUGCUGCGGCUGCUGCUGCCCCUCUCUACAACCCCUCCAACCUGGUGUAUCACUCUGCUCCCCUGGAACCCCACAGCUCAGCCUCCGAAGGAAACCUGCAUUCCCGGGGCAACGUACCAACGAGCCCCCUUGUGUUCAUGCCAUCCAACCCACAGCUUUCCUCUUUCAUCCACCAUCACCACCACCACAGCCGACAGAUACCCUACUACCUGGAGAAUGACCAGGGCAGCUACCGGCUGAGGGAAGCCACCCCUGAAGCUAUUUUCAGGUCGGCACUGGCAGAAAAUCCAGAACCGGGAACCCGCUGUGAAAAAUACCCGGGUACCCGGAUCUUUUUCGGGCCAAGUAUGGAAGGCAGAUAUCAGGGUGUCAGGGAACAGCUCUCCGACAUGGGGCAGAAAGGCAGUCCAUCCAGCGGCCCGUCCAAAUUGAGCAAGGAGAUGAGGUUCUGUGCGGUGUGCAGUGACUACGCCUCCGGCUACCAUUAUGGAGUCUGGUCCUGUGAAGGCUGCAAGGCCUUCUUUAAGAGAAGCAUCCAAGGACACAAUGACUACAUGUGCCCAGCUACAAACCAGUGCACCAUCGACAAGAACCGGAGAAAGAGCUGCCAGGCGUGCCGGCUCCGCAAGUGCAAUGAAGUCGGGAUGAUGAAAGGUGGAGUGCGUAAAGACCGUAGGGGGCGACACAUGCUGAGAGUGAAACGCACAGCAAGUGAGCAGGAUGAGAAGAGCCACGUCAAUGGCCAUGACAGAAGGCUAGCUCUGACCCUGGAGCCCACACCUAUCAACAAUGGGAAGAAGAACAGCGCACUGGGUCUGUCGAUUGAUCAGGUCCUCAUCCAUUUGUUAGAAGCGGAACCACCAACACAAUACUCAAAACAGAACCAAAAUAGACCCUACACUGAGAUUUCCAUGAUGAAUAUACUUACCAGUUUGGCUGACAAGGAACUGGUACACAUGAUAGCAUGGGCAAAAAAGAUACCAGGGUUUGUGGAUUUGUCGCUCCAUGACCAGGUACAGCUGCUGGAAUGUUCUUGGUUAGAGGUCCUAAUGAUCGGUCUUAUCUGGCGCUCUGUGGAAUUCCCUGGGAAGUUAAUUUUUGCCCCAGAUCUGGCUUUUGACAGGAAUGAAGGAAGCUGUGUUGAGGGUAUGGUGGAGAUAUUCGACAUGCUCCUCACCACCUCGUCUCGUUUUUUUACACUGAAACUCAAAAAUGAAGAAUACAUGUGCCUCAAGGCCAUCAUCCUGUUAAACUCCGGCGCCUUUCCCUUUCUCUCCAGCUCCAUGGAAACUCUGAAUGACAGCCAGACCAUUCAACUAAUACUGGAUAAAAUCACAGACACUCUUAUCCAUGUCAUCGCCAAAUCAGGCCUACCUCCACAACAGCAGUCCAGAAGACAAGCCCAGCUCCUCCUCCUUCUCUCACACAUCCGCCACAUGAGCAUCAAAGGCAUGGAGCACCUGUACAAUAUGAAGUGCAAGAACAUCGUCCCUCCCUAUGAUUUACUGCUGGAGAUGCUGGAUGCGCACCGACUUCAUUGUCCAGGGGACAGUGAGCCAGAAAAGCGACAAGUUGACAAGUGACAGUGCUCUCUGCCUGUCAGACAGAAGUGGGAUUAAUUUGCACACAUAACUGUGAGCAUUGCAAGCUUGAACCUCAACAGCACGCUACCUACUCUCACAGCGGGGGCCCACAUUUCUUUAGCCUUAUCACUGGAAUAAGCACACUUUGGCACUUAAACUGGCAAAAUUGUCUCUCGACAAAAAAUGGCUCAUGCAGUCCUUUUGUGUGAGUGUUUCAGAUUCACAACUAAUGCCUUUGAUUCAAUGAGGGAUCUGCUUCUUUAAUGGAAGUCUGGGUCCUAUAUUUAAUUUAACUGGAAUUUUAGGCUAGCAAUGCUGCGUUUAGGAAAUUAAAUACUCGGUAAAGAAAUCAGACCCAAGUAUGAAAAACAAAUUGGUCAUUGCAACUGCUAGUUCACACUUUUAGAAAGGUGCAUUAUUAGUGCAUACAAUACAAACCAGAAAGGGAUUUAGGCUCUAUAGCCACUUUUGCACCAGGAGCAGUUUGCUUUGGGCACUGGCUGUUUUCCAUUUAUCAACACAUUCAAAGGGAAUCUCUAAAUUUUAGUAACAUAUUAACAACCUUAGCACAUAAUAACUACGCUAACAUUGAAUUCAUAGUCAUAAGUAAAUUGAUGAUACAUUCUACACUUCAGUGUAAAAUGUUCAUUUAUAAUUUGCAGGGAUAACAUUAUCAUGGACAGACAGGCCCACAGAUAUAAACAAAAGAAAAGAAGGUUAUUUUUAAAAAGGUUCUGCUAAACAACAGUACAGUACUCCCUCUCUUAUUUUAUGAUUUGUUAUUUCAUGAAUUUCAUGGGUAGGCCAUGUUGACAAUGCAUUUUAAGUGUUAAUUAUUGCAGUAUGAGUUUGGACUUGCUCAAUUUUGGACUCAAUUCAAGUUCCAAUUUGGGGGGGGGGGGGGGUUAUUGUUAGUUUUCCCACUUCUCCCACAUUUGUUACACUGGAUAGUUAUCUCAUAAUCUCUAUGACAAUAACAUGCUGGAAAGCAGUGCUGCACAUCUAGGGCGACAUUCUAGCCUAGAUAAUUGCUACAACCAUACCCUUAAUUAUUUCAUUGAUCCGUUUAACCUCUAUUCAGGUAUUAAACCCUUGAUUAUUUAAUCGAUAACCUCUGGAGGCCCUGGAGCACUGGAGCUGUGUUAUGUAACAAAUAGAUUUAUUAUGGGAAAUAAUGUAGAAGAAACAAUAGAAUACCUAAUUAAAUGCAUCUAAAAUGUCAAGACAAAUAAUCAAAUUUAAACUGUGUUAUUCACCGUGAUGUUUUACCAUGAGGCACUUAUGUAUUUUUUAAAAUCUUUUCUUUAUUAUGUUUAAAACAAUUGAAAGCUGCCCUACUGUAUUUAACCUCCUCAUUCUUUGUAUGAAUUAGCAUUAUUACUACUUAUUAUGUUCCACUUCAUAGUUUAUAGGUUUGUCCAGUACAUGACUUCAGGCUGAUUGAAAGUUUUGCCAAAAAGGUUUAUUGUUGUCAACGUGUCCUUUAGCAAAAAAUGAUAUGUAACAAUUUGUCAAGUUCAUGAGAUUGGAAUUAAUUAACAUUUUCUUUUAAGAUAAUGUGCUGCUUGCAUUGCAUUGGAUUUGAGUUUUUCUCAACUAGUGAUUACAGUUCACAUUCUUGUAUAAGGAUCAUAGCUCAGUGAGGCAAAUUUUCUACCUAUAAAAUCAUGCAUAUAGGUAGAGGUAUAGUAUGAUCAACAUUGCACUGUUUUCAGUGAAAUCAGUUUAUAAUUGGGUUGCUUUGCUUGUUCUGGGGUGGAAUAUAAUAUGGAAAGUUGUAAGGUGAGGAAAUGAAGCAUUCAAAAGUGCUGUGGAGCCUUUUGGUGUUAACCAGAAGACUCUACAAGCAACAGACAUAGAAUAACAUAAGUGGGCAACAGUGGAAAGGAAGCUGGUCAGAACUGGUAUGCUGGUUAAAGAACAAAAAAAAAAAACAUGAAAUUUGACUUUUUUUAAGAACCAGUAAAAAUGGCUGAUUAUGAGUAAGCCAGCUGUUGGUGUAGUUUACAACAGGGUGUUAGUAGAUCUUCAGAAAAUGAUAAAAACCUGCAACUUUCUACCUGUCUGUUGUAUACAGGAACUGUAAUCAAAUCCUUGAGUCUGUUCUGGACAAAUAGAGCCUGUGUUUACUAGAAUUGUAUGCGGCCAUUGAUGACUUUAACUCAUAAAGGUUAAAACCUUAAACAAAUGUGUCCUAAGACGAUUUGCUUUUGCUUUGUCAACAAUUAGAAGCAUUUGCUGUGCUGCUAUCACAGCUGUAAGCAGAUAAUAAUGAUGAUGGCGAUCAAUAAUACAUAAAAUCAUGCCUUAAUUAGUGGCUUGUGUUGUAAAAAAUGCAAGUCUUGUGCUUACAUUACUGAGUACUAAUAGUACUUAACUACCUAGUUUUAUUACACACUGCUUUCUUACCUUAUGCAAUGCACUACCUAUUGUUAUGCACAACCUCUUUCAAAACUAUGAAACAUAUUGUCAUAUUCUUUUUUACUGCUAGUGGAACUUUGGUGUGAAACAGCAGUUUUUUGUUUUGUGCUAAAUUUGCUGGGGAAAACUGUGUUCUUGGCAUCUUUGUAAAAGAAAACUACCUUAAUUUUAAUGACAGGUAUAGUAUGUAGAUUUUAACGUGUUUUAAAUUGAUGAACUAAAGUGGAAAUAUUAAAUAAAAGUUGCAAAAUAAUUUUCA